CCGUACGGAACGCGUAUUGGUCCAAAGAUGGAAAAAAAAAACAAAAAGCGUUGUGAGAACUCAUAGUGGGACAGACAGCGGAUCAAACUAACCAGCGGCGGCGUUGAGGGAUUUCAAGCCAGCGCUGGUGGAGAACUUUGGCCAUGAGAGUCUUAAUCGGAGGGGGGUCUGGCUUUGUGGGUCGUGAACUGACACGUCUGCUCAGAGACAAGGGUCACGAGGUCACGGUGAUAUCCCGUCAGCCUGGUCCAGGGAGGAUAACAUGGGGCGAACUGGAGUCUCGCGGCCUGCCGCCAUGUGAUGGUGCUGUCAACUUGGCUGGGGAGAAUGUUCUUAACCCCCUUCGAUGGUGGAAUGAAAGCUAUAAAAAGGAUUUGUUCUCCAGUCGUAUUGACACAACUAAAGCUCUGUCUCAAGCCAUCACCGCGUCUUCCAGCCCUCCUCGCUCCUGGGUGCUGGUGUCAGGUGUAGCUUGCUACAAACCCAGCCUGACAGCUGAGUACACUGAAGACAGCGACUGGACGCCAUUUGACCUCCUUUCACAACUUUGCAAAGAGUGGGAGGCUGCAGCAUUUCUUCCUGAGAGUGCUGCAAAAACCACCAGACAAGUCGUCAUUCGACCCGGGGCAGUGUUGGGUCAAGACGGUGGUGCCAUGAAGCAGAUGCUGCUGCCCUUCUGGCUCGGGCUCGGGGGCACACUGGGCUCUGGAAGACAGCCGUUCCCCUGGAUCCACGUCUCGGAUCUGGCAGGAAUCAUUGCUCAAUCUCUGGAGCCCCCCAUCCUCUCUGAAGCCACGCCCCCUACACCACAAGUGUACAACGGAGUCGCACCCACGAUCACCACCAACUAUGAGUUUACCAAGGAACUGGGUCGGAUCCUGAGGCGACCCACGAUCUUUCCUGUUCCCGAGUUCAUCAUGAGCGUCCUGUUGGGCUCUGAGAGGGCUGUGAUUCUCACUCAGGGCCAGAAAGUCAUCCCCAUGAAGACACUAGAGUCUGGAUAUCAGUUCAAGUACCCAGACUUGACCUCAGCCCUGAAGCAAAUUGUAGGGAGUUAACUGGCGUUGAACUUUAUUUCAUCUAUUUUGUAAAAUGUGAAUAAAAGCAGUUAUAUACGGACUCAACUCUUGCUAAAAAUGUUGUAAGCUGCUAAAUUUAAGACAAUUUCUGACAUUUUUUUCACCAUACAUUAAACUUAAGAUGACAUUUGAAAUAAAAGAAUUCAGCAAAUAUCUUCCCCCUCUGCAAUAAAACUCCAGGUAAAGCA